AUCACCUCCAGACGUGGGAGUGGCUCCUGUGCAGAAAUAUUCCCACGCGAUGCCAUUUCACGCUGACAAACACUUGAACCCCAGUGUUUGUAGCAUACCGUCCCGCCUCCCGUGUGUCUUCUUAAUUCGUCAUUUUUUAUCGUAUUUUGAUGUUUCCCAACGUCACGCCCCCGCCGCCGCCGUCCCUUCGCACCCUGCUUUCUCCCUCCCUCCAAUGGCCGGAGGAAUGUAGUGUUGGUUGGCCACUUUAAAAAUAGCAAACCUCGUCUCUGAGGGCGCGCGGCUCCGGUGGCUGCCCUGCACUGUGCUGCGAGGAGUGGGAAUGCCAACAUGGCUACAGACCUCGGCGAGCUGCUGGUCCCGUACAUGCCCACCAUCAGAGUGCCCAAGACCGGAGACAGGGUGUUCAAGAGCGAGUGCGCUUUCUCAUUCGACUCCCCGGAAUCUGAGGGAGGCCUGUAUGUGUGCAUGAACACAUUCCUGGGCUUUGGACGAGAACACGUGGAGAGACACUAUCGCAAAACAGGCCAGAGUGUUUACAUGCACCUCAAGCGACACGUUAAAGAAAAACCCACAGGAGCUGCAGGAGGAGCCAUCCCCAGGCGACAGAACGGAAAAGUGUUUUUGGAUUUAGAGCUAAACCGUGACUUUAACGGUGAGGACUAUGAGUACGAGGACGAGGCCAAGCUUGUUAUAUUUCCAGACCACUUCGAGAUCGCCUUACCAAAUAUUGAGGAGUUACCCGCUCUGGUAACCAUCGCCUGUGAUGCCGUGCUCAAUGCGCCGUCGGCCUACAAAAAGCAGGAGCCUGAAUCCUGGGAGGUGGAGAUCCAGGUAUCCAGACACGCCAGAAGCCUCAGACAGUUGGACAAUGGAGUCCGAAUCCCCCCAAGUGGCUGGAAGUGUCAGAAGUGUGAAAUGAGAGAGAACCUGUGGCUGAACCUGACGGAUGGCACCAUGCUCUGCGGGAAGUGGUUUUUUGAUGGCAGCGGUGGGAACGGACACGCUCUGGACCACUACAAAGAGACCAAACACCCGCUGGCUGUCAAAUUGGACACCAUCACCCCAGAUGGAGCAGAUGUGUAUUCAUUUGAGGAAGAAGAAGCCGUUUUAGACCCGCACAUAUCGGAACACCUCUCCCACUUUGGAAUAGACAUGCUACAGAUGCAGAAAAAAACAGAGAAUGGCCACCACACAGACAAUAAUGCCCGACCACGGGUCAGUGAGUGGGAGGUGAUCCAGGAGUCGGGCAUGAAACUGAAAGCGGUGUACGGUUCUGGUUACACGGGCAUCAAAAACCUCGGCCACAGCUGCUACCUCAGCACAGUCAUGCAGGUCCUCUUCAGCAUCCCAGACUUCCAGAGGAUGUAUGUUGGAAACCUUCAGAGGAUAUUUGACUAUUCACCUCUCGACCCUACACAGGAUUUUGCUACACAAAUGGCUAAAGUGGGCCAUGGGCUCCUCUCAGGGCAAUACUCCAAACCACCCAUGAAAUCUGAGCUUAUUGAACAGGUGAUGAAAGAAGAAUACAAGGUAUUAAACCGGCACCAACAAAAAGGCAUCUCCCCCCGGAUGCUAAAGGCUCUGGUCAGCCGGGGUCAUCCGGAGUUUUCCUCCAACAGGCAACAAGAUGCGCAAGAGUUCUUCCUUCAUAUGAUCAACUUGGUGGAAAGGAACAGUCCGAGCUCAGAGAACCCGAGUGACGCCUUCCGCUUCCUGGUGGAGGAGCGAGUCCAGUGCUGCCAGACACGCCGGGUUCGAUAUACUCAGCGGGUGGAUUAUUGCAUUCAGCUGCCAGCCCCUGUCGAGGCGGCAACCAAUCGAGAGGAGUUGUUGGCAUACGACGCCAAGCGAAGGGAAGCCGAGGAAAACAUGAGAGCUCCCCCUGAGCCGGUUCGGGCUCGCAUCCCUUUCACGGCCUGCCUGCAGGCCUUCACUGAGCCAGAGAACGUGCCAGACUUCUGGAGUUCGGCGUUGCAGGCCAAGUCAGCCGGAGUCAAAACGUCCCGCUUUGCCUCGUUUCCGGAAUACCUGGCAGUCCAAAUCAAGAAAUUCACAUUUGGAGUUGACUGGGUGCCGAAGAAACUAGAUUUGGGCAUUGAUGUUCCAGACUUCCUGGAUCUGAGCCGUCUGAGGGCCACUGGGCUGCAGUCAGGUGAAGAGGAGCUGCCUGACCUUAUGCCGCCCAUUGUGCUGCCCGAAGACACCAGGGAUAACUCCAUGAGCUCCUUAGAUUCUCCGGAAAUAGAUGAGGCAGCAGUAAUGCAGCUGGCAGAGAUGGGCUUCCCGCUAGAGGCCUGCAGAAAGGCUGUCUACUACACUGGCAACAUGGGCCCUGAGAUGGCCUUCAACUGGAUCAUAGCCCACAUGGAGGAGCCCGACUUUGCCGAGCCUCUCAUGCUGCCGUCCAUGUUGGGCCCGGGCCCCUUCAGCAUCGCAGACAGUCCCAUGGGCGCCACCCCGCUGGACAACUCGCCCCCCGAGGAGAGCAUCGCCAUCCUCACUUCAAUGGGAUUCCCUCGCACUCACACCAUCCGGGCGCUCAAAGCCACGAACAACAACCUUGAGAGAGCACUCGACUGGAUCUUCACCCACCCGGAGGAGGAGGAGAGCGACGCCCUUUCCAACAUGGCUGACACGGAGCCCAAUGACAACGCUUUCUCCAACGGCAACUCGCACAGUGACUCCACAUUGUCCCCAGACGGGGACACGUCGGGACCGCGCGUCAAAGACGGACCGGGACGUUAUGAGCUCUUCGCAGUUAUCAGUCACAUGGGAGCAUCCACAAUGUCUGGACACUAUGUUUGUCACAUUAAAAAAGAAGGCAGGUGGGUGAUCUACAACGACCACAAAGUCUGUUUAUCAGAGAGGCCUCCAAAAGACUUGGGCUACAUCUACUUUUACCAUCGACUGUCAAGCAGUUAAAGUUAGCACCCCAUCCCCCUUCCACCCCCCCUUAACCAAUGAACCACUGUCAUCCACCUGGGAGAAUGGCCCCCAACAGUUACCCACAGCCUCAGUGGUAACCAUGGAAACGUCACCUCAUACCAUCUACGUGUCUUAACCAUGAGGUCCGUGAGGAGCAACUCUGUUCACAAAGGGAAAGCGAUGUGCUCUUUUUGUGUUUUUGUUUUGUUGAGUUGAAUGUGCUUGUUGUCUAUCGUCCGUCCAGAGGGACUGUGUCAUGUCUGCUGUGCUCUGCCCACAAAGUAAUGCAACAUCAUAUCCCACUGGUAUCUCUUAGAUGCCUUCAGAUGGCCUGCCUGUAUUUUCCAAAGGGUACAUUUUGUAUAUGUAUUGUAAUAAGACAACGUACUGCCAGUACAUUAAUGCCAACUUGCAAUUAGCUCAUUUCGUUUUAUUUCUGAUGUGAAGAAAUUGCCCCCCCCCCCCAAUCUUUGAAAGUAUUUUGACACUGGACAAAUACUAUUUUUUUUGGUGGCUUCAUAACAGCUCAACCCUGAUCCAAUUUAAUGUGCUAGUUUGUCACUUUUAAGAACAAAAACUCAGUGCUGCAAGCAUUUUCAACAAUGAAGUAUUUUCCUUCACUGAAAGCACUUUUUGCAACAACGGUAUUUUGCACCUCACGCGCAAGCAGAGUCAAAACCAGCGACACGGAAGUGAAUGUAAAUGUUUCAAACGUCAACUCUACUACUACUGUAAAUCCGUGAGAUAAACUCAAUGUUAUAAGUGAUAUUGAGGUCCUUGCUACUACACUUUGGGUCUUUUAAUACAUAUAAAGCCAACACCUCUGCUGUGUAAAAAAAAUAAUAAUAAUAAAAUAAAAUUUAAAAAAAAGAAAAAAUUUCUACUCGCAACUAAUUUUGAUUUGGUUCAUCUAUGCAUAUCAUCAUUGUUCAUGUGCAAAGCAAUUUGCACUACAAGCAAACAUGGAUUGUAUAGACCUGCGCUGAAUGUAUGAACUCCAACAAUAACUCAAAAUAUCUUUUGGUUUUAGUGCGCCCCAUUUUAAGGCGGCUUGAGUAUCCUCAAGUAAUUGACAAUCCCAACCUACCCAAAAAGGUCUGUAAUUGCAUAUAGAAGCCAAAAAAUGGCCGUGAAGCAUGAUUUAUGCCAAAUGAAACUCCUCAACUAACUGUAACAUACUUUACAAAGAGGCGAAUUUGUGAAUGCUGAACCGCAAUUCCUCAAAUAAUGACCUCUGCUCCAAGUAGACGCCGUAUCCCGGAUUAUCACCUGGUGCAUCCGUCUCAGUUAAAAAGAAAACAAAAAAAAAACCUCCACAUUUCAAAUAGACAAUUCCUUUGUUCCAUUCAAGUAGCUGGAAUUAGCUUUAUUAUGACUGAUACCAGCAUGUGUCAUCACACGCCUGCAGAGCAGAAACGGCAUCUGUAAAGCUGAACUUUAAAGAGAAAGCAAGUAGGGCAAGUGAUUGGGGAGAAUUUUUCUCAUCCCGCCUUUUUCCAGGUCAUGGAAUGGUGGUUCAAAGUCGCCUUUGGCGUUAGUAUUCAAUAAAAGCCAUCAGAGAUGGGCGGCGUCUGCGUUAAAGGGAAUGUCGUACUACUGCGUUACAGUCACCUGUAUGGCUGUGGAAUGUUGUGUAGCUUUAAAAUACAUUACCCUUCCGCUACUCUGCAGUUGAGUAAAUAUUUUGGGGUAAAUACAGUACGUCAUCUCAUCCUUAAGGGGAGUUCUGCUGAUUUUAGCCUGCGUUUAUGAUUCAAGUCUUGAGAGAUAAACACCCACAUAUCACAACAUUGGUUCGAAUAGUUCCUCAGGUUUCUGACGUGUCUCUCCUUGAGGGCGAGUGUAAUAUUGUCAGUAGUGCUUCCCUUCAACAGCACCUUCCGUGCCUACAACGUCCCCGAGCAAGUUUAAAUGCAGUAUAUCGCAACGGAAGGCCCCCCUCAUCUGUGUAAUUCCCGGGGGGGCAUUGAGGGAAUGAUCAAACAUCUCUAUGCAAGCCUCGGCCGGCUGUUGCCGUCCACCGCGUCAAAUGGGUGGUUGUCAUGUGAUCAGCGGCCGCCCGGUGACGUCAUCUCCACGGCGUCGUCUGAUGAAUGUCUUCUAAUCCCCUGUUGUCGUGUCAUAUUCUGUUAAUCUCCAAGCACCGAUCGUAUUCUCAUGCGUGUAUGUUCCCGUCUGAGCUUUCCCUUCCAGCUGUUGUUCAAGAUAGGCUUCGGUUCGUCUCCGCUGUCAGCAUGUGCACUAAACGUUGACAUUUGAUUUAUUUGGAUUGUAAAAUCGUACUUGGCUGGGCUUUCUUUUCAUGUAACUAAAUGUUCAAGUGGUUCUUUGUUGCCUUUCUUUUGGGAAACAGAUUUGUGCCCAUUCUUUUAGUUUUGCUCAAGAGAUUGUUUUACGUUGACUUUUGAAAUGUAUGCGUUUAUCCAGAUGUGGCUUAGCCGUAUGUGAAUAGAGUCAUGACAGGAUGCUUAAUGGCACCGUUUACUUGCCAUGUUUGGGUAAUUUAAUAAACAACACUUUGUCCA